CAGUAGGUCCGCCCGCCGGUUGAAUUUUUUGGUGCUUUACCAUUUCUCCCUCCCCACACGUCGACGGAAAGUCAAUCGGAGCUUCUGGAACCUAUUCACGCAAGUCGCCGCCGGCAUCAUAAUGCGCAUUAGAUUCUGUUCGUGUAUCCCGGGGUGUCGGAAGGUGAAGAAGAAAGCGGAUGUUAAUCCGAAGCAGGAGGAGGAGGCGAAGAAAGUGGCUGAGAAGCAGAGUUCGUUUAAGUUUCACUUCCAGAGGGUUUCGUUUUCGGAUUUGAGCUCUUCCACGCUUUCGGAGGACCUCUCCAUCUCCCUCGCCGGCUCGAAUCUCCACAUUUUCACGGUUCAGGAGCUCCGCCUCAUCACGCACAACUUUUCGUCCAGUAAUUUCCUCGGCCAGGGCGGAUUUGGCCAGGUCCACAAGGGCUUCGUCGACGAUAAGAUCCGACCCGGAUUGAGUGCUCAACCCGUUGCCGUUAAGCGCCUGGAUAUUGAUAACGGCACUCAAGGCCACAGAGAAUGGCUGACGGAAGUGAUUUGUCUUGGGCAAUUGAGGCAUCCGCAUCUGGUGAAGCUGAUCGGAUAUUGUUGCGAAGAGGAUCAACGGCUUUUGGUCUAUGAAUACAUGCCCAGAGGCAGCUUGGAGAAUCAUCUCUUUAGAAGAUUUUCCGCGUCGCUUCCAUGGUCUGCCCGAAUGAAGAUCGCAAUGGGAGCAGCAAAGGGUCUUGCUUUCCUGCACGGGGCAGCAAAACCUAUCAUAUAUCGUGAUUUUAAGGCUUCAAAUAUCUUGCUUGACUCGGACUACAGUGCCAAGCUGUCCGAUUUUGGAUUAGCGAAGGACGGACCGGAAGGGGACGACACACACGUCAGCACACGAGUGAUGGGCACACAUGGGUACGCAGCCCCAGAAUACAUAAUGACGGGGCAUUUGACCGCCGCCAGUGACGUGUACAGUUUCGGUGUAGUGCUGUUGGAACUUUUGACUGGUCGGAAGUCAAUAGACAAGAGCAGGCCAUCGAGAGAACAUAACUUAGUGGAUUGGGCGAGGUUUCAUUUGAAAGAUUCACGGAAGCUCCGCCGUAUAAUGGACCCCAGGCUUGAAGGAAUGUAUUGUGAAGAUGGGGCACAUAAAGCGGCUGCUUUGGCAUAUCAAUGCCUAAGCGAGCGGCCAAGGAAUAGGCCAACCAUGAGCGAAGUGGUUAAGGUUUUGGAACCUUUGAAGGAUUACAAGGAUGUUUCAAAUGUAACAUUUGUUUACGUAGCUCCUUCAACUGAGAAAGAACCACCGAAACUGAGUAAAACAGAAGUGACUGAGCAAAAGCAGGUGGAAAAAGGAGAUAGUGAGCAAAAGCAUAGCACCAGAAGUGCCAAGUCUAGAACAAUUCACUCAGAAGCUGAUCUAGUGAAUAGAGCUUAAAUUGAAAUUACUGUAAACCAAAAUGUAUAUAGAAACUUGUCUAUAAUUGCUUCAUUUUUUGUUUGCUUUAGCAAUAGGUUCAAUCCGGAUAUAUUAGUACACAAGAAAGCCUUGGAGCAAAAGUGCCAAUAAUAUGUUGUUUCUUCCACCAUUCUUUUUUUGUAGUUCAUUAAUUUGUCCCUUUUAUCAUUUUCACUUCAAUCAAGUGAAAAUACAAAGUGAUGUAUUCAAGUAUUCACUAUUUUAAACUACCCGUUAUAUCAUCUCUUCAUUUUAC